AUGGGAGAGCGUAAAGGACAAAACUUCUACUAUCCGCCGGAUUUCAAUUACAAAACCCACAAAUCUUUAAAUGGAUAUCAUGGAACCCACGCGCUUCGCGAACGUGCCAAAAAGAUUGACCAAGGAAUUUUGGUGAUCCGUUUCGAAAUGCCAUUCAAUAUUUGGUGUCUUGGAUGUCAUAAUCAUGUUGGAAUGGGAGUACGGUACAAUGCAGAAAAAAAGAAAAUUGGAAUGUACUACACGACACCGCUUCACGAAUUUCGAAUGAAAUGCCAUCUUUGUGAUAAUUAUUAUGUGAUUCGGACCGAUCCAAAGAAUUUCGACUACGAACUAGUGGAAGGAUGCUCACGACAGGAACUUCGUUUCGAUCCAACCGACAUUGCACAAAUCGGAGCAGUUGAUCGUGGUUUUACUCAGAAACUCGCAGCAGACGCAAUGUUUAAAAAAGAACAUGAAGCAGAAGAUAAAGAUAAAGCAGCUACUGAAGAAGGACGAGUUGAUAAGUUGGAAUGGAUUCAAGAGAGAAUGAGAGACGAUUUUACAGCAAAUUCGUUUUUGAGAGCACAGUUUAGGAACGAGAAGAAAUCCCUCAACGAAACUCGUGCUCGAGAUGCGAAUCUUCGUGAUAAACUAUCCAUUGGAACGACUCAAUUAUUACCAGAAACAGAAGAGGAUCGACGGAUAGCGUCUAUGAUGACAAGAUAUCGAGAUACAAAAACUCACGAUGAUCACCUCGAAUCUUCCCGCGAUCGAAUCGAAUCACGUAGGAUCUUCAGACGACCGGAAGAAACUGACACACCAUCCACGUCUUCUGGAUCUUCUGGAGGCGCUGUUCCAUCCGCUUCCGAACGAUUGAAGGCUACAAUGAAAGCAGAGAGAGAUAAACGAAUCAAUGCCUCAUUUUCAACUGCUGGAACAUCAUCCGCGACUCAGAAACUUUUAGGAAUCAAGAGAAAAUCAGCUUCGUCUCUGGGUGUUCAAAUUAAAAAAGCCGCUCCGGAAAACUCAAGUCUCCAAGAUGAAGAACCUGCAGUGGAGAAGCCAAACAUUUCAAACCCAAUCUCACUUAUUGCUCAAGAAUACGGAAACUCGUCAGACGAUUCAGAUUAAUUAUUUUAUCGAACGUUUAGCUGUUUUUUCUCUGUGAGAAUUAUCUUACUAAUAAUAAUAAACACCCAGAACAAA